AGUGUUUUUAACGCUUAAGGGAGGGGUUAUUUUCAACUUAACGUCUAAAAAUGCACAUUUAUAAAACGUGUUUUAGAAGUAAAAACAGAAGCAGGAAAAUCAUGCUGGAUCUAACAUGCGAUACCUCUCCCUAGCAACCGUAAUGUUUUCCCUGGAUACCAUUCUCUUGUUAGCUACAGGAAACGAGCUGAGGGAUUUUUGCAUUCCUUUGUGCUCAGACCGCCCAACACAUGCACUCACCUGAUGAAAACCAGCUCUCUUGUCCCAGACAGUCUCUGUGGAGCCUCAUCACUAACUAUGUCUCAGAGUCAGAACUGCUGAAGAUCCGUGCAGCUUUGGGUGACCCUCUGGUCGACAUGUACACAGAGGUUCACUCAGAGGCAGAGAUGUGGCACAAGAAGUGGCAGGAGAGUCUGUGUUAUGGGAGUCACCAACUGCAGGGUUCCCCUCUUUCUGACCCGCCUGUUGUGAAAGAGUUGGUGAGAGGUGAGGUCAAGAUACUACUGAAGACACUCAAAGGAAGAGCCAACAACAGUGAAAGAGACAAUGCGGAGCUCCUGCUUCGAUACAAACCUGAGACUCUAAGCUAUGUGCUUGGUCACCAGGAGAUUGGCUAUGGCAGAUCCUCCAACCUCAAAAAUGCUGAUAACUUCAACAGGCCUAGCGCUUGUUCUUCUGUCAUGUCCAGCGCUGGAAGUGAGAUUGAAGCAGUUAAAGAUAUGCUGAGUGUCACCGAGAUUCACAGAGUGAUCACUCAACUCAGAUGUGUCCUCUUGGAGGAAUGUGAAGCACUGACUAAAAUGACAAAGCAUUUCAAGGAAACCAUCAAAUUGAAGUGUAUAAGUCACUUAAAUAAGCCUGAGCCUUCGCUUACAGAGCUGAAAGAACUCAGAGCAGCCAUCCAAACAGACUUGAAGCUCCUACCUUCAUCUUCUGGAGCCUCAUCCUCUGCUCUUGUUUCAAGUAAGAAGAAAAAUUGCAGAUUUCCAGCUGAAUCUGGUUCAUGUACUCGCUUAGCUCCUACUCCUAAAUCAGGCUUGAGACUAGAUCUGCCUCCACUGUGGCAGCCCAAACCCAGGCCACCAAGUCAUGUUCCUCCUACCAGGACCUCAUCAGUGCGGACUCUUGGUUUCCAUCGUUCUACAUCAGCCUCUCAUGAAUCAGUUAAACAUACCAGCAGGGACAGGUUGGACACUAACCUGAAAGUAACUAAAAGCCAAGAGAACUCUUGUUUUUCCACAAAGCCAGACUUUACCGACCCUCUCUGCAGAACUUGUUCAGGACUUCACAUAAGCUCUGAGAGAGACUCAGCCUCCCAUCCAUCAUCACAAUGCUGUGUUCACAAACCGAGCACAGAUUCCGAUUGGUCACUACACAAGGAGAGAAAAAUCAGUGCUCAUUGUUUAAGAAAUAUAAUCUUCACCCCCUCGCCGCCUCCUCCUUUGGGUCAGCAAUGUGAUGCAGGCAGCAGUAGCAGUAGUCCCACUGACCAUUCUGUGUUUGCGAAUGGUAAAAUAAAACCAGAUGACAGGGAUAACAGUUGUAGCAGUGGGAGAAACUUGGUGUUAGCUGUACUGCAAAAAGAUAAGUCUGAAAAGGCCAGUGGAAUCUCCCACAUAUCUGGAAGUUUUGAUCAAUGUGGCAGCAAGAAAAGCAACAGUCAGGGAGAAAUAGAAAUAGUUGCCUAAGAGAAAAUACCAACAAUCAAAGAAGUCAAGAUAGCGUCAGCAUCACAAAUGACUCUUGACAUUAUCCAAAAAACAGUAAGAUAUGUCCUCAACCACAGCAAAGAAAAAACUUUAAUUCACCAGAAAAACUACAACCAAGAAAACUUGUGGAGCACCGUUUCUAAAUAUAUUUUUACAGCCAGUACUGCAAUGCUAACAUCUUUCACUAAUAAAAUGUCUGAUAUUAAAUUGAGGUUAAAUAUCACAGAUUUGCUGAAAUAUUUUUGAAGAAGAGGACUUAACUUUGGUAAAGUAAGUGUAUGUUUAUGUGGCAAAAAGCAGCCAUGUUGAAAUACAAGUCCUAUGCUGCCUGCGA